UCUGAGAAUUGGUUGCAUUAUUAUUAAUUAUUCAUACUUGUACCUGUCUCUUCGAAGUAGAAUAAUUUCUUUAUUGGAUUUGGCAACACAAAAUCUUCUUAUCAAUAAGCCCGCACAACACCACAGGGUUUUUCCUUUCUGUGCUGUAUUACAUCUUCAUCGACUUAUUGUAUUCACCGGCUAUAAACUAAUACAGUACCUGUUCCUAAUUCGUCGACCUGAAGUUAUCGAGGUUCAUAGUAGUGAGGAAAUUGGUGGAAGCCAUCAUUUACUAUCCUUUUGUGGAUCGAUUCAGCUGUUCCCGAACGAAGAACUCAGUACCAAAUCUUGAGCUUAUUGAGCCGCAGAAAGGUCAGAUCACUCCAUUUAUAAAUUUCUUACGAAAACAUCAGUUCGAAUAACAUAAGAAAAACUGUCAAUAUUUUUUUUUAUUGUAUGCAUAUCUAACUAUCAGCGAAUUAUUAUCUUGUUGCAUUUGAUAUCUAAUUGUAGAUUUGUUUGUGAACUAAACGCUGGCGUGCGCACUUCAGUGUACAGGGCCUACCAGAAAAAUUAUAUCGAUACCGGAUUCAUUCAAAUUAAAUACACCAGAUAUUUAUAACUUUUGUUUCGUGAUUUCUUGUGCCUAAUAUCUAAUUGUGAGAGUGAUAACAUUUCUAUUUAAAUCACGUGGCGUCCAUUAUACAAAAAGAGCUAGCUGGUGCUGACCUCUCCCUAAUAAAAAAAAAAUAACUGGUGAUAUUUAAAUUGGCGCCCAACGUGGGGCCCUGCUCGAUCUGAUUUGAUCUGACCGUGUAUUUUAGUGAAAAUUUUUUUUAAAGAUUUUUCUGGAUAUUGUUUGAUUCAGGUGCUUUUUGGCAUUAGAAUUUCUAUUCUUCCUAUCGUCAGGUUCAGCUGAAUAUUCGAGUAAAAUUUUUUUUUUAGCUUUCAUUUCAUUUCGGAGUAAUUAAUAAUUCGUAGCUCCUUCAGACGCUACAUUCUCUUUAGGAUAUAUUUUAGUAUUUCUUAUUUUGCUGGGAAUAAUUGGCCUCAUCUCAUAUGUCCGAUAUUAAAAUGAAUAUUAACCACCUACUAAAGGAUGAACUUCAACAUGAAUUGUGUGUACGAGGUUUAUCGUUCUCUGAGACAGCUACGGUUGAAACAUUACGAUCAUGUUUGAGAAGUACUUUGAAACUUGAAACUAUGAAUCAAUCGUUCAAAUACCCGGAUUAUAAUUUCGAUGUUUCUAAUGAAUUAACGACCGUGAAUAUAAAAUUAGAGGAACUUCGUAAAAGUCUGGCGAUUGGUAAGGUUAGUAGAGAUAAUAUCAGAUCACGUUCUUUACACUUGGUCCGAAGAUUGGAUAGAAUUCCGGAAGAUAAGUUAGAUGGCGAGAAAGAUAAAACAAAAAGACAAACACUAUCGGAGAUACUUUUGCUUUUGGAUUCUGUUGAAGCUGUUCCCACUAAGUCAGAGGCACUUCAUGCUGAACUUGCCGGCCUCUUGCUAUCAGCUGAUGAACAAUCGUCUGAUUCCUCAUCUGAUCACUUAGAUUUUGAAAUUCCAAGAACUAAUAAAAUUUCAUCUACCCCUGAAAGAACUCAAUAUUUCAAGAAAUGCGAUAUUCAGAAAUGGAAUCUCAAGUUUUCUGGAGAUUCAAAGGGUAUGAGUGUGAAUAACUUUUUGGAGAGAGUAGAGGAAUUGAGAGUUGCUCGUGGUGUUGCUGAAUCUCGUUUAUUUGAGUCAGCAAUAGAUCUUUUUGACGGUAAAGCACUUUUAUGGUAUAGGUCAAAUCGAGGUCGAUUCUCUAGUUGGAAAGAUUUAACGGACUUGUUGCUUAAGCAUUAUCAGCCGCCGGAUUACAAGGCAAGGUUAUUCAAAGAUAUUUUGUCGCGGACUCAGGAUUCUUCCGAGGGUAUAAUUGAAUAUGUUUCAUGUAUGAGAGGUAUGUUUCGACGUUAUGGUGAUGUGGCCGAGGAUAUCCAGUUGAAUAUAAUCGUUCGAAAUUUGUCCCCAUUUUAUUCAACUCAACUUUCGUCUGUUACUAAUUUGCAGUAGCUAGAGGAUGAAUGUUUGAAACUAGAAGUCAAGAAGUAUCGAGCUGAUACUUAUGUACCCCCUUCACGUCGUAGACAGAAUUAUGUUGAUGCUGA